UUUGAAUAACCUAUAAUAUAAUGUGAGGCUACAUAUAAUUGUGUGCAUAAAUAUAAUUAUAUAAGAAUAAACAGAUUAGUUAAAGAAGAAUCUUUUCUAAAUCAACAACAUACUUUUAAUCCAUAAUUUAUUAUGUUGCGGCUGUACCACAGGACCGUUUCAAACAAACAGCUAUUAAAUGCACCUAACAGUAUCCUUCGCACGAUUUCAACUACCCCAGUUGUCAAUAAAGUGCAGUCUGGUCGAUAUAAAAUAUCUCUAAAGAAAGAUAAGCCUCUUACCUACGAAAUGGCAAAUCCACCACACUUUAUAGCUCAUAGAAAAUCAUGGAACUCCUGGAACACAUCAAAUUUAGAAGACGGUUUGCGACCUGCAGAAACUGCAGUUGAGGAUAUGUUUAUAAGAAAGUUUAUGGAAGGCACUUGGCAUAAUCUUCUAGCAUCUGAAGUUAUUAUAAAACGACAACAUAAUCAUAUAAGAAUUGCUGCGAUAAUGCAACAAAAGAUCAAUGCUAGGAAAAUGUAUUUUCUGAUUGGAUUUUCAGAAGAGUUGUUAGCGUAUUGGCUUCAGUGUCCUGUUACUUUAGAGUUACAAACUGUUAGUGAUAAAAAGGAUGUUGUGUUCAAAUAUAUUUAA